GCGCUAAGGAAAGAUUAGUAGUAAGGAGUGAGUUAAAUCCUUGGAUAAAUCCAAGAUAAAUCCACAGUGCAUAUAUGAAUAGAUAAAUCUACUAUGAUCUUGGUCAUUGCAUAGAGUAAAACUUCAUAUGGUAGCAAAAUAAUUUGCUUCUUUGUCACAAACAUGGCGCACUUUUUACGAAGAAAUAGCCGAUUCUGCCCAUUGUGCAUAUAUUUAGCGAAAGCAUAAAAAGACUUUCAGUGACAUGCAGGCAAUAGCAUGAGAAAGUUACCAUCUAAGACACUGGGAGACACUCUACAUCGAGUGGGUGUCUACACUUGCAUGGGAGUUACUGGGGUGUGUCUGGUCUACUGCGGCUGGCACGCCUACACCUUCUUGACCAAGGUGCGACCGCAGCGCGAGCAGCUUCUGCUCGAGAAGAAGCGUCAGCUGCUGGAGGAGGGCGCCGUGCCGGAGCGGGACCUCCAGGAGGGCACGCCGCGGGUCAACUACUGAGCGCCGCCGGUGACCCCGCCGAGGGCAGCAGGGAUGGCGCUGCAGCUGGGCACGACCGGCUGGUGGCGGCUGGCGGCGCGCCUGGCCCGGGGACGGGUCGGCGCGGUCACCAGGAGCGCGCACGGAGACGCCGCCGACAACGGCGUGCCGAAGGCGCUGUGGAAGCUGGGCCGGCUUAAUCACGUCGCCAUCGCCACACCCGACCUGAAAAAGUCCACUGCGCUCUUCAGGGAUGUGCUGGGAGCGGACGUCAGCGAACCGGAAGCCCUGCCGGAGCACGGCGUCCGAACGGUGUUCAUUAACCUGGGCAACACCAAGCUGGAGCUGCUGCACCCGCUCGGACCCGAUAGCCCCAUCACGAACUUCUUAGACAAGAACCCGUCCGGCGGCAUGCACCACAUCUGUAUCGAGGUGGACAACAUCGCCGAGGCGGUGGCCUCGCUGCAGCAGAAGCAGAUCCGCUGUCUGAACGAGCCCCGGCCGGGCGCACACGGCAAACCAGUCGUGUUCCUCCACCCCAAGGACUGCGCCGGCGUCCUGGUGGAACUAGAGGAGGCAUAGGUGGCGCUCCGGUCGGCGGCGGCAGACGUAGAGGGCGCCCCGGUCGACCGAUAGCUGAUUUGUCGCCCACGAGCUGUGCACUGUGCAUCUGUAGCUGUGUGGAUUUAGAUGGGAUUAUAUGGACGACAUUUCUGGUGUUAUUAGAAUAAAUCGUGUUUGCUCUUA